AUGUAUGCUUUCGUUGCACUAUAUCCGUCUAUAAAAGGAUGGCAGUAUUGCAAACCGGUUGUUGUUGUAGAUGGAACCUUUCUUAAAUCGGCAUAUAAAGGAACAUUAUUGAUAGCAUCAACACAAGAUCCAGCAGGUAAUAUCCUACCACUCGCAUAUGCCAUAGUAGAUUCAGAGAAUAAUGCUUCCUGGGAGUGGUUUUUUGUGAGAUUCAAGGAUGCAUUUAGGGAAAGGGAUGGAAUUUGCAUAGUCUCGGAUAGGCAUGAAGGCAUUGAAAAUGCAGCGGCAACAUUGUAUCCACAAGUACCUCAUUCAUACACAGUUGAGAAGUUUGAUUACCACAUGGCAGAGGUAGAGAAAAUUGAUAAGAGGGUCAAAGAUUACUCAAUGAAUGUUGGGUAUGAAAGAUGGUCUAGAGCACAUUCUACUGUUAAUAGAACAUUGACGAUGACUUCAAAUAUUGCGGAGUCGAUCAAUGCAGCUCUCAAGGCUGCUAGGGAACUCCCAAUGACUCCUUCGACGAGUUACUUAUAUUCAGUACUUGACAAGGGUAAGCAGAGAAUAGUGUUCCUUAAAGAUCGAACUUGCAGUUGUAGAAGGUUUCAGUUAGAUGAGUUGCCAUGUGCACAUGCUUGGGCAGUAUUCAAUACAAAUACAUUGAUCACAUUGAGUAUUGCUCAGUGUACUACACCAUGA